CUUCCCCCCCCCCCCCCCGCCCCCAAGAUUCUCUUCGACCAAGAAGCUCCUCUUUAGGGCCGUAGUCUGCGUUUCUCUGGGGUGCAAGGUUCAGGGGGCGUGGUGGUGACCGGGUCAAGAUUGGAGGGCAGGUCUGGGGCCAGAGGGAGGAACGAUCCUCCAGCCCCGAGUCAGCUCGGAAAGGGUGAGAGAGGGAGAAGGGGUGCGGGAGGGAGGAAGGCAGUGCCAGAGGCAGACCUGCAGGGCCAAACACCCGGAGAAAGAGGAAGAAGGAAGGGCCGGGGGAGGAGAGGAGGAGAAAAGAGAGGGGGUCAGCCGGAGGCGGGCUCAGUGCGGAGAUUCAGAGGCAGGGAGGCCAGCCCUCAGACGAAAAGGACAGACAGGCUUGCAGGCACGACGAUUCUGGAGUGCCUGAUAUAGAAAUUAAAAAAAAAAAAAAAAGCCUCCCAAAUAUGCACCUGCAGACACAAACCAGGCCUGUGCAGGUAUCUUUUAGCAAGACGGACAGGAAUGCUUGCCCUUGCGGAAGUUUGCACCCUCCAGCCCCAACAGGCGGGCCGAUAUUGCUAAGUCUCUGGGGCCACCAUCUCCCCCAACCCUUGGAACAGGUUCUUUGAAUAUCUAUGGCUUGAGUAGAGCUGGUGGGGGAGUACACAGGGGGCGGCUCCCCUCACCCACUGAAGUCUUUCAACCUGUUCCCUUUCUUUACCUCUUUCUUCCAGAACCACAGGCCGGGGACCAGAGAAAGCCUCGGAGUGGGCAAGGUGCUCAUGUGGCCUCUCUGGACCAUCCUCCUGCUUGGGGGACUCUUGGGGGGCCUAGGAACCCCUCUCUGCCGAAGGGAACCCUUUUACUUCCUUGUGGCCAUCAUGAAGAUACUGGGAGACAAAAAUGAUGGCACUCUGUAUACCCCAGAUGAUCUCUCGGCUAGAGAGCCCCGCCCACAGCGCCAGGAGCCCCGGGGAAGAGGAGAGAAGGGUACCGGGAGAUACUCCCUCUUCUCUCCUCUCCCGCGAAGGAAUGGACAGUCCAUGGUGUCCUCUAACCUCAUCCCCAUCCCUGGAGAGCAGGGAGAGUCCUGGGGCCCGGGUCCCUGGCUGCAAAUAGUUGCCACCUGGAGAACACUCAGAUGACACUGAUGGCCAGGCCCGGGCACAGAAGUUGACAAAUGGUCAUUGGUGGAGUCUGAGCCGCUGUCUGUUUGAAAAUUAACUUUCCUGAGGUACGACUGACAGUAAAAGGCACCCACUGUACACGUGCACGUCCGAGAGUUCUGACAGACGUGUGCAGACUUCGGCAUCUGCGUCUCCCCCGAGCUCUCCCUCAUGCCCUUCCCAGUCUCUGCCGCUAACCCGACACCCACUAAUCUGCUGUCUGUCCGUGCGGAUCUGGAUUUCACAUGAAUGGAGUCAUACG